UCAUAACUCUUUCGAGGACAUGCGGUCAUCUUGAGGAGAUACGAUUCCAUUUCAGCUCGAAAGCUAGACCUUUCGUGGGCAAGAUCCAUCACCUUCCUUUCUUCGACUAUAUUUAUAUUUAUCUCAUAAUGCAAUUGUCACUACGCGUAGCAGGCUUCAUAAGCCUGCUGACAGGUGCAACCAGAGCCUUACAAGUCGACUGGAAUAGCGAUGAUUCUAUAAAAGAUGCAGCAAGUACCGUUGCUUUCGGGUUGGUGAAGUACUAUACGGGAAAUAACACAGGCGAUACUCCUGGUAACUUACCAGACCCGUAUUUCUGGUGGGAAGCGGGAGCUAUGUUUGGUACGCUAGUUGACUAUUGGUUUUAUACUGGCGACGAAACGUACAAUGCUAUAACAACGCAAGCCCUACAGCACCAAGCAGGUGAAGAUAGCGAUUACAUGCCCCAGAAUCAGACAAGGUCACUAGGAAACGACGAUCAAGGAUUUUGGGCUAUGGCCGCCAUGAGCGCUGCCGAGAACAACUUUCCGAACCCGCCGGAAGAUCAGCCACAGUGGUUAGCACUAGUUCAAGCUGUCUUCAACGAGUAUAUAACUCGAUGGGAUACCGAUACUUGCGGUGGUGGUUUGCGGUGGCAGGUGUUUACGUUCAACAAUGGAUAUAACUACAAGAACUCUAUAUCCAACGGCUGCUUUUUUAAUAUCGCUUCUCGACUGGCUAGAUAUACAGGGAAUCAAACGUACGGCGACUGGGCCGAGAAAGUCUGGGAUUGGAUGUCGGACGUUCAAUUCAUCGACGCCGACUUUAACGUUUACGACGGAGCAGGCGCUGAUACAGGUUGUGUCGAUCUUAACAAAGCGCAAUGGACCUACAACGCAGGUAUCCUCCUACAGGGAGCAGCCAUGAUGUACAAUUUCACAGAGGGUCAGGAUAACUGGAAGCAGCGAGUAGUGGGUCUAGUGAACAGGACAAACGCAUAUUUCUUCGAUGAUAAUAUCGUGGUCGAGCGGCCGUGCGAGGGCUUCAACUCUUGCGACUACGACCAGCAAAGUUUCAAGGGCUACCUUAUGCGAUGGAUGGCUUCGGCGUCGCAGAUGGCACCUUUUACCUUUGAUACGCUAAUGCCAUUACUUAAAACCAACGCGGCGGCAGCAGCGCAGCAGUGUUCCGGCUCGCCGGCAGCUGACCUGUAUAAGGGCCCGGCUGGUACAGCGUGCGGCUUCAAGUGGACGGAAAAGGAUAAUUUCGACGGCCUUGCCGGCGUCGGCGAGCAAAUGAGUGCGCUGUCUGCCAUACAAUAUACGUUAGUCAAGAAGCAGACGCCGGCACCGUUAACUGCAACUACGGGUGGAACAUCUGUCGGCAAUCCCGAUGCUGGGCGGCCGGUGGAGGCAUACAUGCCGAGUAUGACGCCGAUCUCAACAGGAGAAAAGGUAGCGGCUGGCUUCGUGACGAGUGCGAUUGCGUUCAGCGUCCUGGGCGCGUGCUUCUUCGUGAUGAGAGAUUAAGAAGCCCGCAUUACCCGUUGACGAUGAAAUGAGGAUAUUUAUUAGGCUUUGACUACGCAAGCGCUAGAUAUAUUCAGGUGUGAGAAUAGAUAGGAAAGAUGGCCGGUAAGAUCAUGGCAUCGGCGGCGUUUUGGAAAUAUAUCCGGGAUAUACCUGCUUUGAAAGCAUUUUUUUGUAAUACCCCAAUAGUAAAAUAUUUUUACUAGCUUUAUAUCAAGUCGCAAUAUCAGUACUUGUGACUGCAGAGUAUGGUAU